AUGACAAUUUUCAUUUACUUGACAUAUCCUGUACUUUUUGUCUUCUCUUAAAUCACUUUAGGUUUUGGAAUCGCAACCUAUUUGCUAUUAUUCAAAUCAAUCGAAUUAGAAUCAUUAAAGAUAAAAUUUAAGAUUUUCUAUCAUGAUUCUCAUAGUUUGGUUAUUACUGUAUUUGAAUUUUAAUUUUGA